AUGACGACCGACAUCGACGCCGAGGCACCGCACAACAGUUUCGACACCAUCUUGGUGUUGGACUUUGGCAGCCAAACCAGUCACCUCAUCGUGAGGCGCAUCCGAGCUCUCAACAUCUACGCUGAGAUGCUGCCUUGCACCACCAAGCUCGCCGAUCUUACCUGGAAGCCGAAGGGUAUCAUUCUGUCUGGAGGACCUUCUUCCGUUUACGAUGAGCACUCGCCCCACGUCGACCCCGCCAUCUUCGAUUUCGGUGUCCCUAUUUUGGGUAUUUGCUACGGUUGCCAGGAGAUUGCUUGGCGCAUCAACUCUGCCAACGUUGCCAGCGGAGUGGCCAGAGAGUAUGGACACGCCGAUGUCACCAUCAACAAGAUUAGCAGCCAUGCUGAUCGCCUCUUCGCUGGUUUGGGCGAUGUUAUGCACGCAUACAUGUCUCACUUCGACAAGCUCGUAAAACUCCCCGAGGGCUUUGCUGUCAUUGCCACCACGAAGAACUCCGAGUUCGCUGGUAUUGCCCACGAGUCGAAGCCCAUUUUCGGCGUGCAAUUCCACCCCGAGCUUGAGCACACUCCCCGCGGAAGUGAGAUUCUGCGCAACUUCGCCAUCGAUAUUUGCGGAGUGCAGCCCGGAUGGGUUAUGGGAGACUUUAAGCAGCAAGAGAUUGACCGUAUCAGGCGUCUCGUCGGUGACCGUUCCCAGGUCAUCGGAGCCGUAUCUGGUGGCGUUGACAGCACUGUUGCCGCCAAGCUCAUGAAGGAGGCCAUUGGCGACCGAUUUCACGCUAUCCUCAUCGACAACGGAGUGAUGCGUCUGAACGAGUGCACCGAGGUCAAGCAGACUCUCGAGAAGCAUCUCGGAAUCAACCUGACUGUCGUUGACGCUGCCGACCUGUUCCUCGAGCGCCUUCGGGGUGUUCAGGAGCCGGAGAAGAAGCGCAAGAUCAUUGGUUCCACCUUUAUCGAUCUGUUCGAGAAGGAGGCCGAGAGGAUUGAGAAGGAAGCCGAGAACACCCCCAAUGAAGGGAAGGUCGAGUGGUUCCUCCAGGGAACGCUGUACCCUGACGUUAUUGAGUCUUUGAGCUUCAAGGGCCCCUCAGCCACGAUCAAGACACACCACAACGUCGGAGGAUUGCCUGAGCGCAUGUUGAAUGGCCAAGGAUUGCGUCUUUUGGAGCCCCUGAGGCUUUGCUUCAAGGACGAGGUCAGAAAGAUCGGUCAGGAGUUGGGAAUCCACCGCGAUCUCGUCAUGCGUCACCCCUUCCCUGGCCCCGGAAUCGCCGUGCGCAUUCUCGGUGAGGUUACAAAGGAGAGACUGGACAUCGCCCGCAAGGCCGACCACAUCUACAUCAGCAUGAUCAAGGAGGCCGGCAUCUACGACGAGAUUUCUCAAGCGUAUGCUGGUCUUGACACCAACAAGGCCGUCGGAGUCCAAGGAGACGCUCGCGUCUACGGAUACAUUAUCAUCCUUCGUGCGGUGUGCACUCGCGACUUCAUGAGCGCCGAGAUUUACGAGUUCCCGUGGAAGCUGUUGUCGGAGAUCUCGCGCAGAAUCGUCAACGAGGUCGAAGGCGUCUCUCGUGUGACAUACGACAUUACCUCCAAGCCCCCCGGAACGAUUGAGCUGGAAUAA